AUGCGCUUCAAGGCUGCCAUUCAGAAUGUCAAUACCUUCGCGAAGCUGGCUGCUUCCCUUGCUUCACUUGGGCCUGUGGCGUGGGUCCGGCUGAACGAGGAUGAAGUACGAUUCACCAUAAUCCCCGAGCAGGGCACUCAAGUCUGGGCCGUGCUCGCAAUCGAUGCCAUCUUCGACGAGGACUACAACAUCCAGUCCGCAGCCAACAACGUCAUCAACCUUGAAGUGCCACUUGCACCUUUGCAACGUGCCCUCAAAUCAGCCUUGACCGCCACCUCCGCCUCGAUUCGCUUAACGAAAAAGGACAACACCCCUGUGUUAUCUCUGACCAUCAUCACCAAUCCUCUCGGCAGCGGCACGCAUGGCGCAUUUGGCUCAGGUGGUCCGAGCGAUACUUAUGGAUUUGGUGAAGGCUCGCUAGUGACGCAGGAUGGCAGCGAGCGCGAGACCAGAGUCACUCAGGAUGUUCCGGUGCGAGUACUGAACCCCAAUAAUGUCGAAGGUAUCCACGAGCCCCGCUGUAGAGAGCCGGACGUUCAUAUUCUCUUGCCGUCUCUCCUGCAACUGAAGAGCAUCUCCGAUCGAUUCACCCGAUUGGCUUUGGCAGCAAAGGCCAACGGCACAGGAGGCGGCGGAGCUGGUCCUCGCCUGGAGAUGUCCGCAAACAUGCACGGUUGCCUAAAGCUGAGCAUUCGGACGGAUGCGAUGAACAUUUCAAGUGUCUGGACAGGGCUGUCGAACCCUGAGCUCGACCCAUCUCACAUCGAGGGCGGCGAAGAUGGCAUCAAACAACACCCCAGCACUAGAAUGAAGGAGCUCGGAAGCGCGGACGGACGCAGCGAAGAGGGUUGGGCCACUGUGCGCAUUGACGGCAAGGACUGGAGCAAGGUUAUGUCAGUGGGCAGGCUGUGCGGCAAAGUUAUUGCCUGUUUCUCUGACGAGCAUGCCCUCAUCCUUUACGUCUAUCUGCCCAAUGACGAAGACGGUCGGGAGGAUUCGGUUUUGACCUACUACGUGAGUUCGUAUAGUCAGUGA